GUGAUUGCUUGUUACGAUAAAACCGAGAGGAACCAUACUUUACACAAGAUGCGAUCGAUCGACAUGCAAUCUGACUUGAAAGGGUGUAGGAUGAAGCGGAUGACCGAAUAAAAGCGACGCCGGCCAAAGCGAGAAAUCUGCGACCAAUCCCACCGCUGGCCCCCAAUUAGACAGCUAUGUUGCGAACCACGAGAGCCACAGCUCUAUUGCCACUUCUCCGCAAAGAGCUUGUUUCUUCAUUUCAUCAGCCGCAACCAUCUCGAGCAGACCCCCGCUUUUCCCGCAUCCAAUCUGCCUCAAUCUCAACCUCCAGUUCUGCCUCAAACCCUGAUCUGAUCUCCCACCAUUUCUCGGCACCAACAAGACGCAAUAUGGCAGCGCCGGGACAUCAUGGAAGAAACAACGAUUCCCGGAGUGCGAGGUCCGGAGGAAAAAGCAGCAGCCUAAGUCUGGAUGGGCACCGCGUCGACAGGCCGGACGUGAAAGCGGCUUAUAUCGAUACCCACUGCCAUCUGUUCACUACUCUGGAGAUGAUGCGGGAGAAACUCCGCGAUGAGUCCAUCCCCAAGGACCGUAUCGAUCUGUUCGCUAAGCAGCUAUUCCCAGAGAAUGUGAAGGCCGUAGUGGACAUACACUGUGAUGUACCACUGGACAACUACGUCGAGCAAGCGAUGGCCUUCACCGAAUGGCCCGAGAACUUCAAAUACUACUUUGCAGCCGGUGCGCAUCCCCACGUCGCGAUGGCCUACACCGACGAGAUCCACGAGAGCCUCGUCACUACGAUGUCCAACCCGCGGUGUGUCGCUUGGGGCGAAUGCGGCCUCGACUUCUUCAAGAACGCGCCGGACACGCAUCAAACGCAGAAGGAGGUCUUUGCGCGCCAGAUCGAGACAGCGAUAAGCCUCAACAAGCCGCUGGUGGUCCACACCCGCGACGCGGAUGAAGCGACGAAGGAAGUGCUGGAUAAGCACAUGGCGCGGGAUCACCCCUUCCACGUGCACUGCUUCACGUCCUCCACUGAGUUUGGCCGGUGGGUGCUCGAGACGUUCCCGAACUCGUACAUCGGAAUCACGGGAGUGGCGACGUAUCAACUGCCGCACGUGCAGGAUUUUAUCAGGAGCGGCGACCUCCCACUAGGUCGGAUGCUGAUGGAGACGGACUCGCCGUUCAUGACGCCAAGGAAUAUCCACAGUUGGUUAAAGAAGACCCGGUCGAAGGAGGAAGGAAAGAAGAGGUUCGCGUUUUCUCACAGCGGCAUGAUUCCCUUCACCGCCGAGUUGGUGGCCGAGUGGAUCAACGAGGGAAGGCAGACCCGCGGAGAGGAGGCGAGGACAGAUGUCGAGGAGGUAUUGGAGAUGACGCGGAAGAACGCGGAAAAGAUUUACAGUAUCGAGAUAUGAUUCGAUCUCGGAUUGAGGUGGGGAGUGAGGCAUGAAUCUAUUGUUAGUUCGCGGCUCCACACAUUGAUGAUUGCACACAAGGCGUUCACCAAUUCAUGAUGGGAACACGCAAACAAACAGCUUGCAAAAACACAAUACCUCAUUCGUGACCCUAACCUCUUACGGUGGCACCCCCAGUCCCCAUCGUUCCACCCACGCCUGGGGGGCGGAGAGCAAUGGGGAACCCACGUCGAGUCAGCGGUCAGCGGUCAGCGGUGAGCGGUCAGCGAUCGGGACAGUGUGGUGAAAACGGU